AUGAAGUUCUUCAGCUCCGUCAUCCUCCUCGGCGCCCUGGCUGGCGUCCACGCCCGCGUGAUUGAGCGCGCCGCCGACGGGGCCGCCGUCAACAGCGUCGCCGACGAGGCCGCCGUCAACAGCUUCGCCGACGAGGCCGCCGACGACGCCGCCAAGGAAGUCAAGCCUGCCCACCCCCACAAGUCCCGCACCGCCGCCCAGGUCCUCAAGCACGUCCGCGUCAAGGCCGACGCCCUCGACGACCAGGUCAAGCACUGGAGCGGCGACCAGCAAAAGGUCCUCGACGCCGUCGACGCGCUCACCGCCGCCAUCGAGAGCGGCACCGCCGACGUCAAGCACGGCAAGCAGUUCAGCAUCUCGGAGCUCACCAAGCUCGCCUCCGCCGUCGACGAGCUCAAGGAGCAUGCCGAGACCCUCGUCAAGGACCUCAAGGCCAAGAAGCCCGAGAUUGAGAAGCACAACCUCUGCGCGCUCCUGCGAACCAACAUCAGCAAGAUUGGAAAGGACAACAAGAAACUGAGCAAGGCCAUCGUCGCCAAGGUCACCCCCAUGUUCCAGGGCAUUGCCAAGUCGCACGCCAAGGCAGUCGACGACGUCCUGGCCGAUGCCGAGAAGGCCUUUAACGAGAAGAACUGCGUCGACACCGGCAAGCCUUCCCUGGAGUUUUAA